AAGGAAGUUGUGCACCUGUUGCUGCUGCCUCUUCAUCCACUUGUCAGCGCCGACUGCGGCCUUUGUGUUUAAAGGUGUAUAGUGAAUCCGCAUCAUGGCAGGAGCUGAGGAGGAAGCAGCGCCGGUUGAAGAGCAACAGCCGCCGCUCAGCUCCUCUUCCAGCGGCCCAGAGGACUCCCAGCCGGCUGCUGGCCGCUCUAAGGACGCGGAGGAGCGGCCGGCGGAGGGCGGAGCGGCCCGCUGUGAGCCCGGUGGCCGGCAUGUGCUGUCGCCUCUGGACCAGUUUAAAACCAGGAGGUUCUUCGUGUUGAGGCCUGGCACUCUGAAUCAGGCCAUCAAAGACAUCGAAGCUCUGGUGAAUAAGGAGGUGGAUGGCAGCGUUCACAGCAUUUGGCUGAUGGCAGAGGUAGAUCACUGGAACAAUGAAAAGGAGCGUCUUGUUCUCAUCACGGACAACACUCUCCUGGUCUUCAAGUACGACUUCAUCAUGCUCCAGUGUGAACAAAUCCAGAAGAUCUCACUAAACUUCAUCGACCGCAUCUCUCACGGCACCUUCAGUUUCCCAAAGCGCUCCCUGCUCCAGUAA